AUGAGCGAUUAUGACAUUGAGACAAGCAAACUCGUUAUAUUUGAUAAUUUAGUGCUCGAACCAAAGAAGACUCAAGCUCAAAUCGGUCAAUACUUCAUCAGAGGCCAAAAACAAGGAUGGAGUAUGAUCUACAUUAGUCAGAGCUACUUUGGUAUUCCACAGACGAUUCGCAUCAACAGCCAAUAUGUGGUUCUCAGCCGUAAUUUGACCCAACGAGAUCUUGCAAUUAUUUGCCGCGACUUUCCAAUAACAUCUGAGAAGAUGAGCACUAUGUUAAUGGACAUCAUCGAAAGCAAGAUCUAUCGCAAUGUCAUCGAGUAUAUCUGCGAAAGGUAA